AACAUGUUGAGCAGAAGGAUGUAGCACACUGGGGUGUCAUUAAAGCGUGAGAGCUGAGAAUGGAGAUCGUAUGGGUGUGGUUUCACUCUCAUGCAUUUAACCAGUCCACACAGUGCAUUCUUGUUCACAUUUCAGCCCCUCCAGCAGAGGCACACUGAGCUCUGACGCUUGAUUUCAUCAGAGGCAUGGUUUCUCAAGUCACCAGCUCCCUCAUCAAGUGCCUACUGAUUCUCCUCGGCCUUGGCUCAGUGAUACUGAAUAUCAUUUUGAUAUGCCUGAAUUCAAACAGACUUCCAAAAUGCCAAACGCAAUCAGAAGGAAUGGUGGUGGCCAACCACACAGACCACAGCUUGAUAUUCGCCGAUCUCACCCCUGAAGAGUAUCAGAUGGUCCGUGAUCACAUGUGGAAUCAGAAGGACUUGAGGAUUUCUCGCUCUGCCUUUGCAAAACUGUCAGAGAACUUCAUCUUCUUGAUUGACCUUGUGCUUCCAAAAAAAGCAGAAGCGCUGAGAUACCUGGAUUCUCAGGGACCCAAACCCGAACGCCAAGCCAGCGUUGUGGUGUUUUUCGGAGAGAAUAACUACCUCAAAGAGUACGUUGUGAGACUUCUGCCUCGUCCCAUGAUCCAUUGGGAUGUCACAAAUGAGAAGUACAACAUGGUGAGCCUGCCUUUCACAGCUCGACCUGUGACCAUUGGAGAAUAUACGCAGCUUCUCAAAUUGGUGUUUGGUGAUGUCUUCAACAAGCUGAAGACAGAACUGAGGGAGAGCUUUGGAUAUGACCCAAAAAAUCCAAACCUGAGUGUUUUUGACGGGAUGCCCAGAGGAGUAAAAUCAGGCGAUCGAAAGACAUGGAUAUCAUUUUUUUGUGAUUUCAGUAGCAAGUAUAUCCAUCCAGUUGGCUUUGAAAUUUUAGUCUGUCAUGAAAGUAAAAACUCCUCAGAGUGGACCAUUGAAAAGCUCCUGUAUAACGGCAAAUACUUUGACAGCAUUGAGAGUUUUAACAAAGGCUAUGCAGAAGGUACUUUACAAAAGAUUGUCUUGAAAGAAAUCUCUAAUUACGCCUUGCUGAAACCAAGACGCAAACCUACAGGGCUGGGACCACAUCAGUAUUACCUCCAAGGGAAGCGCUUCAGUGUGAAGCACAACCAGGUCAUUUAUCAGAACUGGAAGUUUGCCUUCGGUCUGAGCUCAGUGACCGGCAUGCAAGUGUUCGACGUUCAGUUCAAAGGAGAAAGGAUCAUCUAUGAGCUCAGCGUCCAGGAGGCCAUGUCUGUGUAUGGCUCCGCAACCCCAGGGAUGAUGCUCACCAAUUUUCUGGACACCAGCUUUGGUAUUGGCCGAUAUGCCCAUGAACUGGUGCGAGGUGUCGAUUGUCCAUAUUCAUCCACUUACAUAGACGUUUACCGUUACAUCGACAUCAACGCCACACAGCUUGUCAGCAACGCCAUCUGCAUCUUCGAGCACGACAUGGGACGUCCACUACGCCGUCACUUUUCGGAUUUCUUCCAGAACAGCUAUGGAGGCCUGACCAACAGCGCCCUGUACAUCCGCACUAUCUCGUCCAUUAGCAACUAUGACUACAUCUGGGACUUCAUCUUCUACCAGAGUGGCACGGUGGAGGCCAGAAUUCACGCAACGGGUUAUAUAUCAUCUUCUUAUUUAGUGCCCGGCAGUCUCAAGUACGGCCACCAGGUCGCCGAAAACGUGCUGGGAAACAUUCACACGCACUUUGUUAACUUCAAGGUGGAUCUGGAUAUUUUAGGUAAGUGACCACUGCUGUGAUUAGCACCCAUUAGCAAGUAGUAUACUGUACAUAGGACAUUGGUUUAUUUAUUUUAA